AGUGGAAUUGAAUUAUCGGGGCGUUCCGAUUCUUCACGAUAACGCCUACAGCAUUCGGAAUUGAGCAGUAUAGCGGCCGACAUAGGAUCAAACCUGCAUGCACGAUCCAUGAUGACAUCCUAUAGUUCAUCUUUAAACAACGGGAGCACGUCUGCUUCCGUACUUUUGAACCAAGGCCAUUUUUCAUCAUUCAGUGUACCGCAACUAGCACCUCCAAGGACAACAACAUAUCAAGCGCCUAUCUUCGCAUCCUCAUCCACUUCUAAUCCAACAAAUGGCCCACGCGCUUUCAAGGCUCCAGCUCAUAAACAUGCGCAUCAUCUGCACUCCAUCCCUCCUAGGGAGAAAUCUACUCGAACUCUCAUAAUCGAUCAUAUGUUAUGGGUUCAUGGCCGGACCCGAUUUACCCAGGCCCGUGCUGAGCUCGGAAUGACCGACCGAACAGGAGGUCCUUCUUCGUCUAAUUACCGUCAUCGCGAACGCCCUGAAUCUUACGACGAAGAUGAUGAAGUUUCAAGUGACGGGGAAAAUGUUGAAAUGCUCAAGGCUAGAGAAGGUGGACCAGGUCAUCCUCACAACGAGGAUGAGGAAAAUCGUCGGCAGAAACAGGACUUGAUCCUUGCAAGGACUCUGAGACUUCGUGCUAUUGGUCUCGAGAAGGUCGUAACAUCAAUGCUCGACCAGCCUCCUCCUGUGCACCCUAUCCUGGACGAAGAUUUGACUACGCCACCCACAUCCCCGGAGCGCCCGGGGCUACACCAGUCGCCCCAGCGUACUGUCUCUCACCAGCACACUCUACCGAAUGGUGUUCGUUUACGGUUGGCGUUGGGUACUGUCAUCAAUGAUUUAUUUGCGCGUCAAGCGCCUACCCCUCUAUACCGACAUCAUCACCAUCCUCCACCAAUUAUUGUUUCUAGUAAUGGCUCGGAUCAAACGUCAUCCAAUGGUUUAAGUCCAGGAAGUUCUCCUGCAAUGCAAAAGGCGUCACCAGCGUCCGGGAGGGGAAGUAGCACGUCCUCUGCGCCAGGACCUACUGGUAGUCUCCCUCCAUCAGUCCUCUUGCUUUCCCAAGUAUCAGCUGCGGCCCUGCCUCAAGUGUCACUCUUACCCAUGGGUGACUUUCGUGCACUACCUCCCCCGAUGCAAGCACCACAAAUGGUGCAGUCUCGUAACCGAAGGUCAAAGUUCGCGCCCAACAGCCGUGUAUACGCCAUGUACAAGGAAGGCGCUGAUCCCUCCACCGCCAAUUCACCUCCCGGCUUGCGGUGCACACGACACCUUUAUACUGCAUGCGAAAUCUGUGUUGAAGCCAAACAAUCUGUCAAGGCACCAGGCGGGUCUGGUCGAGCGCGUGCAACGUCAGCCGCAACCGGCCUCAGAACCUUUGGGGACUGGGAAGGUGGAAUAGGCGGGUCAGGUGGAAGUAUGGGUGGUAGCGGCGGUGGUAUCGCUGGCUGGCAAGAUGGCCCCGGCAUUGGAUCGGGGUUGGCUCAGCCGGGUGUAGAUGGCAGCGUGCUGCGCCGGAAGUCGAAGUGGUUCAUGCCUGAUUCUGAAGGAGAGCAGUCCGACGCUGCAGCUGGGAAUACUCGGCUUUCAGAGCUUAUUCCACGCUUCCUGAGGCUUUCUGCCCUUGUCGCAAUGGAGCUUGGAGAAGAGCUUGGCGACGAUGAGUAUGAAGGCGACUGGCAAAGAUCAGGCAUAGAAAUGUCUGCCCAAAUGCCGUCGUCACCUAGAUCCUUAUCCCGAAGAUCUCAAACCAUAGAGGCGCCUCCUUUACGACCUUCACGAGAAUGGUACAUGCUCCUAGCAGGUUUGCUCGCUCGUGCUACCCUGGAGGGUUACCUCACCGGAGGGUGGUGGGGUCUGGAGGCUGUUGAAUGCCUUCUAUCAGUUGGCUUGGGCAUCGGUGACGAUGGGUUUGGCCAUCUGGGUCAAGUCGACCAACCGGACGACGCAGAUUCUGCAUUUGCAUGGUUCGAACCAGACGACCUCCCUAGUCUCAAAGAAGCGACAAGAAUCAUGUUUCCUGCAUUGCGAGCUGCACGAAAUGGAACUCCCAUUCGAAGAGAGGGCGCAGAAGCUGAAUUUGAAGCUGAAAUGGAUGAGCGUCUCAGAAGGUUCUAUACGAUACCUUCUCUGACGCCAGAUCUAUCGACACAUAUGGAAGACUUGGCAUGGCACUACCCUGCCGAGCCUGUUGAGAGGGCAGCAUUACGCUUCUGUGAAGCAAUUGCAAAGUGGCGUGGUAAACCUGAACUUGAAACCUACACAAAGAAACAGUCGAACGAUGUAACCGCAUCAGGAUCCAGUAUGACCAUCGAGACUCUCGUGCACUCCAAUCCAACCAGUCCCACCAUGGAAGGGUACUCGGUUCAACCAUCGAGGUCCCAAAGGCCUCCCAUUGAAAAGUACUUCAUCGUACCCCCUUCGUAUAUAGGAAGAGGCAAGCGCAGAAGGUCGCUUGAUGAAGCGGACUCGUCUCACAAGAGAGUUCAUGGAUGAUGUAGCGGACAUCUGUAUCACAAUAUCGAUCGUCUGCUUCAUUUGUUCGCUGUGUCGUGAUAAUACUUAUCCUCGUGUUUGCUUGUACAGUAUCGUUAUUCCGUCUUGUUAUCGUUUAUCAGCUCAUUUCAGUGGAUUCCCUGCAGUAUUCCAGAGCUCAAAUUCAGAUGCCAUUACUCUAAGCCCCACAAUCUUUUUGCGUCCGUGCUAACUUGCUGAAUGAAGCACAUCUCAAUAUCUUUGAUCUCGACAUGCGUCACCAUAGUCUGUGUUACUAGAGGGCUAGCUCUAUGCUGGUAAGUUGGCAGUGUUGCGCAAGAC